UCUCUGAGACAAAGUGUGAACUAUCACAGUCAGAAAGCAUUCGCUAACAGCAACGCUGUGAAUACCUGGAGGCACAAGUGGAAGACAUGCAGAAGAACAUGACUGAGGAAAGAACGCAGUCAGAGAUCAACACUCAGACUGCAGCUCAGCAUGCAGAGGUCAUGGAGAAAGUGGAGCGGCUCAAUGAAGUUAUUGAGAGCAAUAAAGUACUGAAAAAUGAAAAAGAGAGUGCAGAGAAGACAGUAAGAGAGCUUAUGGAAAAGAUCCAGGGAUUAGAAGGGGAGAUGAAACCUCUGAGAGAUGGUGUGCAAUCACUUACAUCACAGAAAGAUGCUUUGUUGGCCGAGAAAACAGCUCUUAAAAAUGAGAUUGUUCGCUGGACAGCAAAGAUCAAACAGUUGACGGAACAGUACAAGGAUGUUGAUGUUGAUGAGUAUAAGAGAAUUAGAGAGGAAAAAAAACAGUUUCAACAACAGAUAUCCAGCCUGAAAGUUGAUAAUCAGAGAAUGAGAACUCAGACAGAAUCCCUGAAAUCUGACUUGUCAAAAACGCAAGGAGAGUUAGCAGGACUGAAGGCAAUGUCACAAAAAUCAACUGAUCAGGUGGGAAGUCUAAAGGAAGAACAUCAGAAAGAAGUAUCUAAAUUGCAGCAGGAGGUGGAAUCACUAAGGGUAUCUGUAGAAGCCAAGACAAAAGAAGUAAAUGACAAGAACACAACUCUGCUACAGGUGAAAAGAAUAGCUCGUCGUUACAAGACCCAAGUUGAUGAGCAAACAAAGGAGAUGGAAGAGCUCAAGAAAAAGGUGAAUGAGGCUGGGCUGUCCACAGUCAAGGGAACAGCAGAAGCUGCUUCCCCUGGGGUCACACCUGCAGAAAAUGUUGAUGUAUCAGCACAGGAGAACAAGAUGAAAGAGCUAACAGAUCAGGUGAAGAAUUAUGAUGAGGAAGUAAAAAAACUAAGAAAAAUAGCUCGUCAUUACAAGACUCAACAUGAGGAACAAACUAAGGAAAUUGACAAACUUAAAAAGAAAGUCGGAGAGUCUGGGCAGGCCUCAGCAGAGGGAGUAUCACCGGCUGAUGCAUCUAGUGGGAGCAGUGAUCUGGCAUCAUACGAGAACACGAUUAAAGAAUUAACAGAACAGUUGAAGACUGCAACAGAUGAGGUGAAAAAACUGAAAGAGUUGGAUGAGCAGAAUAAGAUAUCCCUGAAGGAGAAAGAGGAUAAGAGCAAGAACGUGCUGAUACAAGCGAGACAAAAGCUGCAGCAACUCACAGCUAUGAAGGACAGACUGAGCACAGAAAAUGAAGACCUUAAAAAGAAACACAAGUCACUGAGUGAGGAGAAGGAGGCACUAACCCAGCAACUGACUGAAUCUGAGAUGAGAAUGAAAGUGUUAAGCUCACAAUUUGAAGGGAAAGUAACAAAGUUAGAGAAGGAAGCACAAGAUCAUAAAGCAGAUAGAGACGCAAAGGAGAAGGAAGCUGAAGAAAUGAAGAAACGAAUAGAUGAGUACAAGCAGAAAGAGAAAGUUGAUGUAGACAAACUUCAACAGAAGCUUCAACAAUAUCAGGCACUGAUACACAAACAGCAGAUGAAAAUAAAGUCUUUUGCAGUCAAUACAUCAAGUUCCAUUUCAAGACCUUCCUCAGGAGAAGUGACUGGAGCAGAGACUACUACAACUCAAGCAGAAACGCCAACAAGUAUCACUGUUACAUCAGCACCACCAAUAUCUCUAGUACCACCAACAGCAACAAUUAAACCAACCACCACCCCCACAACACUUAAACGCUCUGGACCUAAAGCUAGUGUGAGACCUAUAGCAGUUGCACCAACACAGAGCACACCCACCCCCACAGCAACUGUUUUACCUACAGUCACGUCCACCCCCUCAGAAGCUGUAAGUGUUGCUGGAACCAUCAGGGUGCCAGGAACAGCAAUUUCUAUAGCGAGCAGUGUGUCAACCUCUGUACCAACAACAGUGUCUGUCCGUCCAAUCACCAGUACCGUAGAAGUGCAGCAGCAACAGCCUCCUCAAGGGGAGUCUGAGGUGUCAUCCACUGAAGUGACAGCCAGUGAGCAGUUGCAGCCUACUCCGUCUACAGCUGUAGUAUCAGGAAAGCGACAGAGAGAUGAAUCCCAAGUGACUGACAGAAGUGCCACUGAAGUUGUGGAAGGUACAAGUACAGAAGAUGAACCUGUGCCAAAGAAAAUCAGGACUGUAGAGCUCCAUGUGGAAGAUGAAGUUGGAACAUCACAAGAAGAGUUUGAAGACACAGCUGCAGAUGGCACAGGUGAUGAUCAACUUGAAGAAGAGGAAGAAGGAAAGGAAGAGUUUGAUUUUGAAGGAUAUGAAGGGGAAGAAGGUGAAGAAGAAGAAGAAGAAGAAGAAGACCAGGAGGCACACGAUUCUGGAAGACAAGAGGUGAUUCAGGCUACAGCCAUAGAACCAGAGGUAGUUUUGAUUGAAAGUGAUGAAGAUGAAGAUGUUGAGGAAGAGAAUGUUGAUGAAGAUGAAGAAGAAGAGGAGGAGGAGGAGGAUGAAGAUUAUGUAGAGCAGGAUGAGGAUUAUGCUGAGGGAGAGGUGAAUGAGAUGGAGGAAGAUGAUGAAGGUGAAGAUGAGGAAGAAGAGUACAUGGAAGGAGAUGGUGUUGAAGAAGAAGAUGAAGACAUGGAUGAAAAUGGAGAGGAUGAUCAAAAGCAAGAGGUGGUAGAAGUGAUUGAUGAUGAUGAAGAUGACAUGGAUGAAAAUGUGCGGGAAGCAGAAGCAAUUGAAGAAACGCAGGUGGGAGAAGCAGAUGCUGGAGAGAUAGUAGUAGAGGAGGAUGUUGCUGAAGAAAUACAGGAUCGGAAUGAGAUUGUACAAGCUGAGACUUCUGAGGCAAACUUAGAAAGUGAGAUUUCCACAACAGAGCAACUUACAACAGGAGCUGCUGUUGAAAGUCAGAUAUUGGAAGGGGCACAGAGAUCUGCCACACCAACAACAUCAGUCACAAUUACACAGCGGCUCCUGUCUGCUAGGUCUCAUUUGGCACCAUUUUCAUUCCCUCAGGGCCAACCAGCUCCAGGUCCAUUUAAUGAAGAAGAAGACUGUAUGGUGCCCAGCACCCCUACAUUGUAUGUGCCAAAGAGAACUGAUGGUUUUGCGGAGGCUAUAAGCUCUCCUCAAAUAAAUCGUUCAUCAUUCUCAUUUGCUGCACCUGGGGAGAGCUCGAUGUCAUCUGCAGGUGUGUUGGAGCUUGGCAUGUCAGAAGAAGGGUUGCGCGUAGAUGAUACACAAGUGGACCUCAUGGGAGGUUCAGAUGAAGCUUCUCAUGAGAGACCUUCCUUUGUAGUGCCUACAGGCUUACCAGAAGCUGCAGAAGCAAGUAGUCAGUCCAACCAGCGACUCCCAAGCACUGGCUCAGAUACCAGGCAGCUCUCAUUAGAAAGCUUGGAGAGCGAGUCAGAAGCUGGCAGUAUUGCCACUGUUCCUGCUAUCAUGGUCACACCUGUCACUGAAGCAUCGGAGGAGUCAUCUGAGCAGAACGUGCCAGUUUCCCAAGCUCAUCCAGAGGUUCUUGACACAGAAGUGGUGGAGCUGUUGGAGGAUGUUGAGGCUAUGAAAGAAGGAGAGGAAGGUGAUGAACAAGAAGCAGCAGAAAAAGGAAGUGAGUUAGAAGUCAAGGAAUCACAAGAAUUUGCCCCAGAGGACAUUUCUCAGCCAAGCAUUUCAAGUGAAUCCUCUAGAACUAGUGCCCAGUCUGCCUCAACAACAUCAGGAACUGCAGCUAAAUCUAAACAAGAUCUAAAUAGGGGCAGAGGUACAGUUGUACAGUUAAGAAGGUCAGCCACAACAUCUACCUGGAGUACAAGGGGAGUUACCCAAGCUCAAAGAGGUACCUCUGCAUCAGGAAGAGUGCGUCGACUUAGAAGGGAUCCUGUUAGAGGUCCUGGUGCUCAUCGUGGUCGUGGGACACAAAUGCCCCGUGGUAAGCAGGGCGGAACUCCAAGAGGAGGAGGAGGCCAAGCAUGAAAUAUGAUCUUGCUUAUAACUAAAUUGUGUAACUUAGGAUCAUUUUUAUAGUUUUUGUACAGAAUAGCUUCUUGGUUUUUAAGAAUCUUGUAAUAAAGUUAACAUACAGUG